AGUGCGCUUGCACGGUGGGUCGUUGCCUUGAGAGUGUCUAUGACACGUUGGCUUACCUCGCGUGAGGUAUUUUUGGUAACUCCACGAAUCUCCACCUUCUCGAUACUACCUGUGAUUGAGAGAAAAGUUCGCGAGACUAUUACGGGUUAUCUCGGAGCUUCUACCGCGGGUGGUUGGAUGCUUCCGUGCGAUAUUUCACACUGCAGAAAUCGUGCAUCCGUUCGACAGAACUCGGUACUGUCUAGAGAGACCUGUAAUCAGAGUCGCGCAACCACGUAAAGGUUAGGUUGGCGACGCAAUGUUUAGACUAAAACCAUAAGCGAGAACUUUAAUAUGCUAGGGGCCGGUUUAUCAAUACUCAGUCAAGUUAAAUUUGACUAUUAGUUAAGUGCUAACUAUAAGUUAUGUGUUUAUCAAUGCAAGAUAACUAACAGCUAUACAUUAACUGUUGGUCAUAGUGAUUGUUAAAGUAACUGGCAGAAUUUUUGUCUGCUAAAUAUAACUGACAGAUAUUACACGCUAAACGACGUGAGCACACACUCACACUGUAAUAUUAUUAUUUUGUAAUUAGUUAUUAUUCUCAAUAUGAAUUUAAACGAUUUCAUUGACAAUGAUGAGGAAAUCGUUGAAUUUAUGGAAUGGGAAAGAAGACCACACAUAGUACAAAAUAGAAUCAAUCACUUUGACAAAUGGGACGAAUUGGAUUUUUUUCGAAGAUUUCAUUUAAAGAAACAAACAGUUUUGAUCAUUUUAGAGCAAAUAGAAAACAUCAUUGAGACUCCUACGGAUAGAAAUCUUGCUAUUAGACCAAUCGACAAGCUUCUAUUAACUUUGAGAUUCUAUGCAUUAGGCACAAUGUUAAUAGCAACUGGAGAUUUUGCGGGUGUUAGCAAGAGUUCUGCUUGCAAUAUAGUCAGACACGUGUCAAUUGCGAUUGCACAGCUAGCUCCUCAAUAUAUUAAAAUGUCAUCUAAUGCUGAUGAAAUCAGUAAUGCACGAAUAAAAUUUUAUAAUAGAGCAAGAGUUCCACGAAUAAUUGGUGCUAUCGAUUGCACACAUGUUAGGAUCCAAUCUCCUAGUGGAAUAAAUGCAGAAUUAUUCAGGAAUAGGAAAGGUUAUUUUUCUUUGAAUGUACAAACAGUGUCUUCGGCUGACCUUAAAAUAUUAGAUAUUGUAGCACGCUGGCCAAGAUCAGUUCAUGACCAAACAAUAUUUAAUAACUCGAGAGUAAAAGAACGACUUGAAAACAACGAGUUUGGUAAUAGUUUAUUGGUUGGAGACAGUGGUUAUACGAAUACAAUGUUUGUGAUUACCCCGCUACUUAAUACUCACAAUGACAUCGAAGAACUAUAUAAUGAGGCAAUAAUCCGUACACGUAACCCUGUAGAACGACAAUAUGGUGUAUGGAAAAGACGUUUCCCCAUCUUGGCUUUAGGACUGCGGUUAAAGUUACAAACGAGUAUGGCUAUUGUUGUCGCUACAGCAAUUUUGCAUAAUAUUGCGUAUGAAAGAAAUGAAGAAUUACCAUCACAAGAUGCUGAUUUAUGUAUAGACCAACAUAUUUUGAACGAAGAUUGGGACGCACAACCGUUACAGCCAGAUGAUCGACACAUAAAUGCAAGAGCACAAUUAAUUGCUGAUUAUUUUCCAAAUUUAUUAUAAUUAUAUUUUCUUUCGUUAAGUGGACUUUUUUGUACGAUUUUGGAAGGAAAAAUUAAUAAAAAAAUUUCAUUUAAUAUUAA